UCCAAUCUCAAUCGUAAACCGCCCGCGAAACUCUUCGCUCGCAAAGAUUUAAUUGAAAAACUGUAUUGUCCAUCAUUUCACAAUGAGGGACUAGAUAAAUUAUCAUUUAACAAAUAUCGCUUGUCAGCCAAGUUUGUUUAUUUGCGCAAGCAGUUUGAUAAACAACAGUUAUCUAUAGAUAGACAGCUAUAAAACCGUUAUAGCGGCCUGGAAAGGACGCAUUGCCUGCACUGUGCUCGUCGAAGUAUGUUUGGCAUAAGGAACGUUCCGUUGUUGCUGCUGCUGUUGAUACAGUUACUCCAUGGUGGCUCAGCACUUGAUAAUGGAUUGGCUUUGAAACCGCCCAUGGGUUGGAUGUCUUGGCAGCGUUUUCGCUGUAUCACCGAUUGUGAAUUGUAUCCAGAUGAGUGCAUUAGCGAAAAAUUAUUCAGACGCAAUGCUGAUCUAAUAGUUUCGGAGGGCUAUGCUGAUGUGGGCUAUGAAUAUGUCAUUAUUGACGAUUGCUGGCUGGAGAAAAACCGGGAUAACAAGACAAACAAGCUAGUGCCGGAUCGCAAACGUUUUCCCAGAGGUCUCAACGUGUUGGCGGAUCAUAUACAUGCAAAUGGACUCAAGUUUGGACUGUAUCAAGACUUUGGCACGAAAACGUGUGCUGGCUAUCCAGGUGUGAUCAAUCACAUGGCACUUGAUGCCGAAACCUUUGCCAAUUGGGAUGUGGACUAUGUGAAACUGGAUGGCUGCUAUGCAAAUGUUAGCGACAUGGCAACAGGCUAUCCAGAAUUUGGACGGCUGCUGAACUCAACGGGCAGACCCAUGGUCUAUUCGUGCAGCUGGCCUGCUUAUCAAUCGGAAUUGGGUGAACUGCCUGAAUUUGAAUCACUGAAGCAACACUGCAAUCUUUGGCGCAACUGGGAUGACAUCGACGAUUCAUUUGAGUCUGUUAUGCAGAUCAUUGAUUACUUUGGCAAAAAUCAGGAUAGCAUGCAACCACAUGCCGGACCAGGGCAUUGGAAUGAUCCGGAUAUGUUGAUACUGGGCAACUAUGGCCUGAGCUAUGAUCAGAGCAAGCUACAAAUGGCCAUUUGGGCUGUGCUGGCGGCGCCCCUUAUAAUGUCCAAUGAUUUGGCCCAGGUGCGACCAGAAAUUAAAGGGAUAUUACAAAAUCGCGAUGUGAUUGCCGUCAAUCAGGAUUCUCUUGGCAUACAGGGCAAACGAUUGCUCAUGAAGCAAAAUAUUGAGGUCUGGCGUCGACCUAUUACACCUAAGGUAAAAGGGGAAUACUCUUACGCCGUGGCAUUUGUUAGUCGCCGUACGGAUGGCGCACCCUAUCCCAUAUCAUUUACGCUAAAGGAGCUCUCGCUAAUCAAUGAUAAUGGCUACGUCGUUCAGGAUUUGUUUGAUAUGAAUAACAAACUGGGCGUCUUUCGUGCUGAGAGUCAAUUCAAAACACGCAUUAUACCCAAUGGCGUCAAUUUCUACAAAUUUACAGCGCUGUAAAGAGCUACGCAACAGCUGAGCUGAAGAUCUGGAGCAGCUAUAACCACAUAUCCAUUCGAAUCUAUAAU